AUGGAUGAUGAGAUCACUAAGAUUUGUGACAAAGGCCGGUUGGUGGCUAAAGAAGAGCAUUUUGAUCUUUACAUGUAUUCGUCACUAUUCAAAGCUCUCUACGAACGAGACAACGUCGAUAGAAUGCAGAUUUGUCAACGAGUCUCAGAUGUCUACUCUGAUCUCUACAGCCGAUGUUAUGUUCCGCAUGUUGCGAAACGGCAGCGAAAAAUCAGCGAGCGAUGUUCGGGUACGUCCACACCAUUGUUGAAAUUUCCGUCGAUGUUUCAACGAUUUUCACGCCACUGUGACAACUUUGCCGAAUUUGUCGGCAACUCGUCGGCGAUUUCCAACAUGGGUCUUGCACUGUCGGAAGAUGUUCUAUUUAUGAAUUUACUCAGCUCGAGUAUGGUUUCGAAUAUCCACUCGGAUUCAGAGCUGCCCUCUCUGGUACUGAAAACACGUCUUGUUCUUCAAAACUUUUCCGUAGCUGCGAUCAAACUUUGGAAACAAAUCGAGCAAGUUAGAAAGUAA